CUGGAGGAGGAGGAGAGGAAAAACCACGGGAUUGAGCUCUGUCAGUGGCGCUCGCUGCUUCCAAGGGGGAAGUGCCGUGGAAUAAUUAAUGUUUUUAUUAAAUUUGGAGGGAAUUUUUUGCAGCCGAUCGCCGUGCGUGGCCUUCAGGCUGAUUGGAGUCCAGAUCCCGAGGAAAUCUCCAGAUCAAAUGCCCAGUAAAUAAAACACUGAGCUAAGACUUGUGGAAGAGCUGCAGAAUGGAUGGAUUUUAUGACCAGCAAGUGCCUUACAUGGUCACCAAUAAUCCGCGUGGGAGGAACUGUAAUGAGAGACCAACAAAUGUCAGGAAAAGAAAAUUCAUUAACAGAGACCUGGCUCAUGAUUCAGAAGAACUCUUUCAAGAUCUGAGCCAAUUACAGGAGACAUGGCUUGCAGAAGCUCAGGUACCUGACAAUGACGAGCAGUUUGUGCCAGACUAUCAGGCUGAAAGUUUGGCUUUUCAUGGUCUCCCUGUGAAAAUCAAGAAGGAACCCCAUAGCCCAUGUUCAGAACUUGGCUCUGCUUGCAGUCAAGAGCAACCUUUCAAGUUCAGUUAUGGGGAAAAGUGCCUGUACAAUGUCAGUGCCUAUGAUCAGAAGCCACAAGUGGGAAUGAGGCCCUCCAACCCACCAACGCCAUCCAGCACUCCUGUGUCACCACUGCAUCAUGCUUCCCCAAACACAGCUCAGACUCCUAAACCUGACCGGGUUUUCCCUACCCAUCUCCCUCCAUCCCAGUCCAUUCAAGAUAACUUCCCCAUGGACCACAGAUUUCGCCGCCAGCUCUCUGAACCUUGCAAUUCUUUCCCACCUUUGCCUGCAAUGCCAAGGGAAGGACGUCCAGUAUAUCAGCGCCAGAUGUCUGAGCCAAACAUCCCUUUCCCACCUCAAGGUUUUAAGCAGGAGUACCAUGAUCCAGUUUAUGAACACAACGCUAUGGUUGGCAGUGCAGCCAGUCAAAAUUUCCCCCCUGCUCUGAUGAUAAAACAGGAACCUAGAGAUUUUGCAUAUGAUUCAGAAGUGCCUAGCUGCCAUUCCAUUUACAUGAGGCAAGAAGGCUUCCUGGCUCACCCAAACAGAACAGAAGGCUGUAUGUAUGAAAAGGGACCUAGGCAGUUUUAUGAUGACACUUGCGUUGUUCCAGAGAAGUUUGACGGUGAUGUCAAACAGGAGCCAGGCAUGUACCGUGAGGGACCCACGUAUCAGCGUCGAGGUUCGCUUCAGCUGUGGCAGUUCUUAGUAGCUCUUCUUGAUGACCCAUCAAACUCUCACUUCAUAGCAUGGACUGGCCGAGGCAUGGAAUUCAAGCUGAUUGAGCCGGAGGAGGUGGCACGUCGCUGGGGGAUUCAGAAAAAUAGGCCAGCUAUGAACUAUGAUAAACUUAGCCGAUCUCUUCGCUACUAUUACGAAAAGGGAAUCAUGCAAAAGGUGGCUGGAGAAAGAUACGUCUACAAGUUUGUUUGCGACCCUGAAGCGCUUUUCUCCAUGGCUUUUCCAGACAACCAGCGCCCCUUACUGAAGACUGACAUGGAGCGCCACAUCAAUGAGGAGGACACUGUGCCUCUGUCCCACUUUGAUGAGAGCAUGGUCUACAUGCAGGACGGUGGUUGCUGCAACACCCACCCCUACAAUGAAGGCUAUGUCUAUUAACAACAGUGACAGUGAAGGGGAUGUUUUCCCCUCCCUUAGGCUUCUCCUCUUUCACAAGACCCAGAGGAAAGCUGAAUCGACUUCAGUUUGUUUUUUAAAUAGUACACUAAAAGGGGCUUUUCCUGUUGCAUUACUCCUAUGGUCUGCCAUGGACAGCGCACUUUAUUUGAAAGGGGAGGGUUGGAACCUAAACGUUAUUCUGUGUAACAGGAGGAAAAGGGUGGGUUUCCUUUUUACUUAAGUUUGGGAAGGGAACAUACAGGUUUUAAGUACAAAAAAGCUAUAUCAUGUCUGUUCUGUUUCCUAUCAGCAUAAGAUAUUGUACAUUUUCUCUGGGUAUCCGUAGUACAGUUAAUUCUCAUUGUGCAGAAUAACCACUCGAUACCAGCACAGCAUGCCUAGGACGUUUGUUUCUUGCCAUUCUUAAUUGUCUUCUGCAGUUAUAAAAGAGAAGCAAAGCAUAUACCACAGCAUUUAAUUUAGAAGCUUGCAGUGGCAGACCUUGCACCUUGCUUCUGAAAACAACCAGAUACCUGGACAAAACCCCUGACUUCAAAGUGCAAGCCGUAUGCCAUAUCUGGUGCCAUAUUCCUAUACACAUAUGGCCCAUGCUAUGGCUUCGACCUUUCAACAUCCAUUUGAGGAUAGUAAUUACAUGUGCCAGGCUUUCUGAUGAUCAUGUCAGCAUUAAAUACAGGAUCAUGAUCAGGAGGGAGAACACAUUUUGUAUCCUUCCAUUUCCUUUGGAACAUAAAUAAGUUAUUUAAUCAAUAGGAAUUAACUGUACUAAGUCACAUAUCUAAUUAUGCUGUUUAGACACAGCAAGCACUCCUUGAGAAAAAUAUCCAAUACACUAAAUAGGUACUUUAGUAAUUUUUAGACACGGUACCCAUUAAUAUGCAUUUAAACCUUUUACUGCUGUGUUAUGUUGAUAACAUAUAUAAAUACUAGAUAAUGCUAAUGCUUCUGCUGCUGUCUUUUUCUGUACUAUUCUCUUUGAUGCUGAAUUUACUAUGACCAUUUAUAAGCAAUGCUGUAACUACAGGUAGCAUUUCAGGACAAAAUAGAUGACUUGAACCAUUUAUUGCUUAGAAGAUAGCUUACGCCAUAGCUGUGCUAUAAGCAGCUUUUACGUGCAUCCACAAAUGACUAGUAAGCUUCAGCUUGCUAAGGAAAGCUCUGCAGAACCUUUUGUAAUUUUUGGUGGAACGGAGACUUAGACAAAACUGUCAAAGAAUACCAUGGAGUCGCUGUAUGACGUUGUAGUGCUGGCACUGAUGUUACCAAUCAACUUGUUUUGGACACUAAAUGUAAAUGUGAUCAGAUAUGUUCAGAAGACAAUUUAAAUUUAGAGGGGGUUUUUUGGUUGUUAUUUUUUAAAAUGGUUUUGUUUUUGUGCGGCGUAAUCUUGAACACAAGCCACUCAUGCAAUCCUGUAUGUAAAAUGAAAAAAAAAAAAAAAGAGCCCUGUCAAAAACCCAAAAGUUUUAAAUAUUUAUGAGCCCCUUUUCUGAAAUAUAUUUCAUAGUUUGAAGGGAGGGUGAGGAGGUAAGAUCUGGAUUUCUUUUUUUGCCCAGUGAAAUUUAAGUAGGUGCUACAUGGACUACCUAAUUUUCCUAUAUUCCCAAGAAGUAGGGAGGAAAAUGAAUGCAUAACCUUGAAGAAACAAGAAUAAUUUUCAUCAUAAUGGAUGGAUUUGAAAGAAAUUCCUAAGUGGUUAGUUAAUUUUCCAUCCUCUGUCAGCUAAGACAGUAGUUAGCAAUGAGUAUUUUAGUAUGCAAUUAUGCAAUCAAAAGUAAAGAAGUCAUGGUCACUAGAAACCACUGGUGCAUAAAAAACGUUUGGUCAGGUAUUUAAUUUACUCAGAUUCAUAAGACAACAUAUUUUAUGGGAGUGUAUAUAUGCCUUAACAUGUCACCUAUUGCUGUCAUUCUUAAGUCUCAGUGGCACUUAAAUUUUUAGUGAUCGACCCAGAAUCAGAAGUCUAAAAUUGCAGAAUUAGAAAAAAGGAAAAGGAAAAAGGUUAAUUAAGAUUGUUUUAAAGAAAUGCGGCUUACAUUGAAAUAAGGUUUAAAUGAAACAUGCUUUGAUGAAAAGUCCUUGGAUUGGUUUUGGUUCUUUAAUGUCAGCACGGAGCGCCUCUUGCCUGUGGCAGGAUAUGGGUAUUUGGGAAAGGGGUUAGUCAAAAAAGGAAAAAAAAAAUAUUGGAAAAAAAUGCAUCAAAUGUGUAAUAUUUAAGAAGAAAUAUAUAUAUAUCUGUAUAUGGUAGUGACUCACUGAACAAAACAAGCAAUCAAACCAACAUUACAUAAUCUCUCAGCAAAUUAUAAAACAGUCUUUCACUGAACUGGUUAACCCUUUUUAAAAUGUACCUAAGAGGUUUAUUUAAAGUGUUUUUAUUCCACUUUUUGUUUGGGUUGUUGUUUUUUUUUUGUUUUGUUUGUUUGUUUUGUUUUGUUUGGGGUUUUCAGGUAGAAUAAUAAAUCUGGCAGCUGAUA